UCGGUACAUGGCGAUGAGACACGAGCUGCUAAUUUAGUUGUUGAGUCGUAGCUCAAUGGUUCAAUCUGUGUGACCUGAACUUUUGAACCGGUUCAGAGCUGUCACAUUCACACAGCACGGCAGUGUUGUCGCAUUAUAUAUCUGUAUGGCAGAACCGUUGACCAACAUUCUACAUUGACAUUUGGCAUUUGAAUGAAACUUCAAAACAUCUAACUGGAUACUGGACAUGACAUUUCUACUAAUUCUUAUCCUAGACAUGACGUGACCCGUAAAUAUCUUAGCUCAAUUUUUUGUUGAAAAUGUUAUUUAGUUUUUUUAUAUAAUAAGUUAAAAAAUUAAACAUGUUCACGUACAUUCUAGAAAUUAAAAAAGAGCUAUUAGUGUGCGUAUCCUUGUCGGUGUUAUACUUUACCUAUUAUCUAGUAGAGGUAGUCAAGAAACCUAUAUUAAUUUGCCGAAAAGGCGAAUUCCGGGAACUUCUGGAACAGAAUGUGCCGAUCCUGAAAGAAUAUUAUUGGCCCACGCCGUGGUGCGUGGAAUCGAGGCUGCAGACAGUAAUAGGCUCUCUACUACGUUCGCUGUUGUUGCCGCCGCUGCAAUUUCGACGAGAGGUGUUGAAGCUCUCGGAUGGCGGGCAGGUGGCCCUGGACUGGCUGGAGGAGGGUGAGGCGGGUGAGGCGGGAAGGGAGUGUCGUGCCGUGCUGCUGGUGCUGCCGGGGCUGACGGGUGGCGCGCAGGCGGACUAUGUGAGGUGCCUGGCGGCCGCCGCACGCCGCCUCCGCGCAGCACUCGUCGUGUUCAACAACCGGGGCCUGGGCGGUCUGCCGCUCACCACGCCGCGCCUCUACUCCGCCGUCAGCCACGAGGACGUGGGCGAGGCGGUGAGCGCGGUGCGGGCGCGCGGCGUGCCGGUGCUGGCUGCGGGCGUGUCGCUGGGCGGGCUGCAGCUGGGCCGGUACCUGGCGGAGCAGGGGGCCAGCGCUCCGCUGCACGCCGCGCUCAUCGUCUCCUCGCCGCUCGACGUCGUCAAAGGGUCGCAGUGCAUGGAGCGCGGCGGACUGAACGCGGCGCUGUCGUGGCACAUGGCACGUCAGCUGCGCGGCACGGUGCGCGCGCGACUGCCGGCGCAGGAGGAGCGCGUGCGCGGCUGCCGCUCGGUGCGCGCCUUCGACGCGGCCUUCACGGCGCCGCACUUCGGGUUCGCCUCGCCCGAGGAGUACUACCGCGCCGCCUCGCUCGCCCCGCGCCUGGCGCGCGUCGCCCGCCCGCUGCUCUGUCUCUGCGCCGCCGACGACCCCUUCCAGCCGCUGGACGCGCUGCCGGUGCGCGAGGCGGCGAGCAGCUCGUGCGUGGCGCUGUGUGUGACGGCGCGCGGCGGACACAUCGGCUUCCUGGAGGGCUGGUGGCCGGCGCGCGCUGCGCACACGCAGUACGUGGCCCGCGUCGCCGAGCAGUACUUCGCGGCGCUGCUGCCGCCCUCCGCCGCCGCCUCCGCCGCCGAGCGGGCGACCUCCGCCGCCGCCUCCGCCGCCGCCGAGCGGGCGACCUCCGUCACCGGCGACGAGGCGGCGACUGACGCGCCGCUAUUGUCCCAGUAA